GCUCUUCGGGAUUUGAGCGAUAGCCUCAACCUCCUUUUCUUGUUUUCUCGCUUACCCCGUUUGCCACAAUUCCACCCUGCCCUUAUUUCUCUUUGCCGGCGAUUCUGCGUGGAGUUUCUUCAUUAUGUAAUCGCCACACGCGCAGUUCGAAAGGUUUUUAGGUCGUUUUAUUUUACUCAGGUAUCUUAGGCUUUCAUCAGCAUAAAAGGAUUCUAUGUUGAAGCUGUGAUUGAUGAGGUUUCGGUAGUUUGGGUAAUUCCACACCAGUCGGCCACACACACUCCCACUGAUGUGGAUUACAGACUACUUGCAACGUGUGUGGAGUUCGACGCCACACUCUUAGGCUCUCUUUUAUGCAAGUGAGUCUGCCUGUCAAUCUCGUGAUUUUUAGUCUUUAUAAACAUUCUGGUCUCCUUUAUCCACCAAGGCUUACAACACCGACUAUUCCAGAUCCGGAGUCCGCAUACUGUGCUCCGUCAGAUACUCAGUUUGAGGUAAUGCAUGAUGUAUUUUGCAACAGGUUUUGUAGUUUCUUUCAUCCCUUUCGUUCCCUCUCAAAAGACUAGAGGACAGUACACAGGAGUCAUCGUACCCGGAUGAUCUCGUUGAACUGCAGGUCCGUAUUUAGACUUGUUUUCUGUUAUUUCUUUUAUGAAACUACUGCCUAUUCGACAAUAUGUAAUGUUUGAUAGUCAGAAUAGGUAGUUAACUGCAUGCUUCAAAUACGCCUUUAAGUAAAAUUUGUUGACAUCCCCCACCUCUUUUCAUAACACUGUCUGAACAACGUCCCUGCUAGGGGUCCACUGCCUAUACUAGAUUUACGACGUCAGUUAUUGAUUCCACAGCCCGAUUUUCUGUCCUUUGCAAAGCCUUUGACUAUGAAUAUUUUGACGGUUGAAGGGAGUUGCUGAAGGUCAAGUAUGGGUGAUUAGCCUACUGUUUAUGCACUUCUUUUCAGACCAUCGAUGAUUCGGUGACAGCCGCCGUGAAGAAGCAAGCCGACACUGAACGAAUCAAACACCUCUUCGAAAACAAACGCUUCUUCUUAAACCGCGAAGUCCCGAAAGAAGUCCUUACCGUGCUCAUUAGGUCCUGUGGCGGUGAGUGUUCUUGGGACGUAUCCUCAGGGCCCGGGUCUACUUUUCUUGAAGACGAUGUGCGGAUUAACUACCAGGUCGUUGACCGGCCAAUGAAAGAAAUGAGUGCCAACCGGUAAAUGAUAUUCUUGGAUUCUAAUCCCGUUGCUCCUUUGUAUUCCAUCGAGGUUCCACAGCACCACCAUAAACCUAUACCGAGCCUUUUUGAUUUCGUUGAUUUUAGCGUGAGUGAAGGUUACCGGUAACAACGGUUGGUCGAUGUGGAAACGGUGUUGGUGAACUAAGCAAGGCAGAAUGACUUCGACUUUUUGGUUAGGGGUUUAUGACUCAAAUAUAUGUUGUCAUGAAAUCGUACAACAGCAGUAGCACAGCAGUACCACAACAGUGGUAGCCUUUUGACAUAUCAUUUAUUUGUAAUCUUCUCUUGCCAUUGUGAACUACUAGUGAUAAGCCACCAGGGACACAUACAAGGCUUUUUACAAUAAAGUCUUGUAGGGUCCUACCGCUCAGUCAGCUCCAGUCACCUAUAAGGUUAUUGAUUUUUUCAGAAUUCACGUCCAAUAAUCUGACAAAACUGACACAACGAGGCCGGUAAAUUUGAUACCCAUGUUCACUUUCAGUAAGUGCGCACUUCCGCCUACCAUGCUCUGCACCUUAAAGAGUCUACCUGCAUAUGUUUUCGGGCUGCCUUCUAGGCGUUUUAGUCACGGCAUUUCAAAAAUAAACGACUGCCCGCGUAUGCAAAAAAAUUAGUCAUCGUCCAUGAAGAUUAGGCCAUGUGGUCCAUUUGGUUGUAAUUUCACAGGACAACUUUUCUUUAUCUGCUCAAAAUGUAUAAUGUGACGGAAAUGCUUGCCGAAACUCAUUUUUUUCGGGAUUUUUUCUACUGCAGACUACCCACCGCGCAAAAUUCCCCGUUAUUAUAUUUAAACCAUGUUAUAGGACCUUUUCACAGUCAGUAACCCAUCGCAAUAGUGCCUCUAAAUAUCUAGUGCACUGUUUUGGGACAACCAAUUUCCAGCUCAUUACUUUGCCAGUCCCCUGAUACUGUAAACUGAACAAGUUUUUCCAAGGUCAAACAACUCUUUUAGAUUAGUAAACAAUUGAUGGCUGUUGUUGCUGGUCGUUCUCAUUACCAGGUGAGCCUGCACAGUCCAUCUGGGUCAAGACUUAUUUAACCGGACUUUCAAGUCUGUUUGUCGUGUCACCAGCCAGUCCCGAUGUACUGUUUUUGACUUCCACCUCGGAUUUCCAAAGUUAGUAAGUUGUUGGAGACGACAUAGACUAGGUAGUUGAAUACGGGUAAUUUUCUCAGCCUAGUUGCCACUAUUGCAUAUUACUUCUAGUUGUCACUAUAACGUCCAUCAAGAUUUAAAGAAAAGUUCCAUCUCACAUGCGUUUAUUCCCUAGCUCCUACGUUCAGCCACAGUGGGUAUUUGACUCCCUUAAUGCUGGUCGAUUAUUACCAGCGCAGGACUACCUGCCCUCUGCCACCCUGCCUCCGCAUCUCAGUCCUUUUGCCCACUUGGCUGUGGAUCCGAAGGCGGGCCUAGCCGAUGCCAUCAAACAGGCGGCCACCGUUGCCCCAGCGCCCGGUUUCGGCACUGGCUCGGCAAUGUACCGACCGCCAGAAGCCGACUACCUUGCUGGGCUUGUUAGUCUUGCUGAGAUCCGAGGUGCAGCGGUUGCUGCAAGUCGAGGCGACUCUGGCGGAAACGAAGAUGAACAAGAGAAUGAGGAGCAACAAGGGGCUGAAAUGGAUGUGGAAGGCGACACCCCGGCCAAAAAGGCGAAGAAACGAAAGAGAAUGAGUGUACAGAAGGCCUUGGCCAAAGGUUAGGAUCUUGGUAUUUUAAUUUCUACCGACCGACCUGACGCCUUCCCCUUGAUAGUUAGAUAUCCUGGACGCCGUGUCCUGCUUCAGUCUUUUGCGGCGAUAUGCCGUGAUCACCACCACAGUUGAAAGUCUGAAAGACGUAGCGUAGAAUCCUGACGAAGUAUAAUUCUCCACUGCGAGUUUGUUUAGCGUGCAAAUCGUAAAAAUCCAUAGGUUCUGUGGCACGAAGCUUCGUGCAAAUCAAAUUUAAGGUCAACUGAAAACCCGUCAGACCUCAGCAACUAGUAAUCUCAGCCGCCAGCUGAUUAUCAAUCACGACUUUGCACCAUUAUCUGCUUUAAAUUCAGAGGCAAAUUUGUCCCAGCGCCGGAACUCUACUUUUAUUACAAUUUCCUUUUGAGACCCCAUGGACUAUGGGCACUAGGACUGAAAGGACUGGCAAGAACAUGAUUUCGGACAGAAGUAACUUAUUUGAAGUGUUUCUUGAAAGGUAACUGCUCUGCACAAAGAUGUGUUUACCAGUAACUGCCCAUUCCAAUAUCUUUGCAAUUCUUCGACAUUGGUCCUGGUCUUAGCUUUUGUGGGAGAACAGACUAGGUAGAUCUAUUUGGCAUCCAAGCACACAAGCUCUGAAUAUACCGGGCUCAGAGACGGGCGACCAUCUACGUGGACUGAAGGCGCUCAGAUAGUUAAUAGCAGGGGUAGACCAACAAAAACGUACUUUGGGAUGUGGUUGGCUGAAGAGGACCUGAAGAAGCCCAACACGACAGCUGUUUUGAUCUCCCAACCUGCCUCUGGUUUUGAAUUAGUUUUGUUCCACUUGGAUGAUUUGCUUGUCGGCUAAGUGGACAACCCCUUGUUUAUGUUCUGUGCUUAGGCAAGAAGGCCGUUGUCCUCCCUGGCCGAACUGAGAGUGCCCUCUCCCUCAAAAUGGCCGCCAAGGCAGAGGAAAAUGCGCAGCGAAAACUGCGAGAACUUAUGCUCCCAAAGAGACACAAGAACUUAUACAGAAAAAUGGUCCACGCACAGAAGACAGCCAACAAAGAUGUGAACCAGUUGACGGAAAGAAGGAAAGCAAUUGACACGUAGGUUGCCCCCAUAUUUCAUCAUCCUGCUCGUUAUUUUGGACGUACGUUUACCGAUCAGGCUAGGGGACAUGCUCGUCCCGUUGUGCCUUGCGGCCCAGUCUAGAGCCUUCACGGGCAGUUGCACAGCGAUAAGAGUUUAUGACGAACGGUAUCGAAAAAGGCAAGGGAGACCGGGACGACAAUUUCUAGCCUAUCGACCGUCGUCAGCCGGCCGUACCCGAGGAGUGGCCACCCUAGUAUCUCUUGUCUUUGUCGGCACUCCCUGACAUAUGAUGCUGGUCGCUGUGUGACUGCCCGUGAGGGCCCUAGAUUGAGUCCCAAGGCACGACGGGACGAGCAUGUCCCCUAGCCUGAUCGGCGAACGCACAUCCAACAAAGUCGAUCAAGAUUGGAAGCACAAAGGACCUCUGACUCUGACUCGUCGACCAACAAACACGUACUCGAAUCUCAGGUCAUGCAAAGUUGGGAUUGGGGAAGGCUGGCUAACGAUAGCUAUUAAGCCAGUAAUGGUUAUUCCAGUCUCGCUUGUCUUUGUCUUGGUACUCCUCAUCUGCAUAGCUCACUCAUGUUUACAUUUCAAAAUUGCCCGUUAUCUACGAAUGCAUUAAGCUAACGCACUCAUACGAGUUGAAUAUUCAGGACGUCUUUGGUAACGUCCUGCCCUGCGAUGUGCGUGCUAUCAGGUUGUCUACUUUCGAAAUCUCGUUAAGAAUCUGGCAACUCAGAAAAUUUGGGGUCUGUUACGAGUCACAAGUGUCACUGUUUUCUCUUACGUGCCUCAUGUAGUUAACUAACGGUAGGGUGGUCAUCUAGCUCCUUAAAAUGGCAUACUAUGCCAGCUCUCGGUGAAGGGUCUAAUACUCUGUUUUAAGUCGGCUUCGUUUGCGUUUAGGGACCAUCACACGCCUGGUAUGGACAGACGCAGAUCCACCUUCCCUUGCCACUGCACCCCUGCCCAUCCCCGGCCAUCUUGACUUAGUCGACACCAGAAUACGAUGGGCGGGGAGGUAUUGAGGUGAAUUGUUCUGAAGUCUACUUCACCAGAACCUAAUUCACGCAAAGUCCGUAACUUCUAUCACCCAACCUUCGUUGAACUUGAUGGGCGAACCAUUAAAAUAUGUCUUACAACUUUAUCUGAGCUUCCGACACAGUAGACCUCCUUAGGGGCAAUCAGCAGCUGGCUCUGAUUUGCCUGCGUUCUGUUGACGCGCUUGAGGCAGCCCAGCCCCGAUUAAGCAGCAGGGACUAUUUAUAGUGCAGGAGCACCUACUUGUCUUCCAACACCUGGCACCUUUACAUAGAAAAGACAUGUCAAAGCUUCCGGAGAUGGACCUGGGUGCAACUUAUACGCGCACCACACACAAACCAGACUUCAAAGAGGGGUCUUGGGUCUUUUGCAGCAAGGCCCGCUUAAAAGAGGAGCCGUCGUAGUCUGAUCUUUAUUCUUCUGGGGUCUGAGCAUUUCAUUGUUCGUCAGUCUUCUUGGUUACCAGUGUACAUUACAUAUAAUCUCUUACUCAUCCGACGCGACCAAAGGUCUGUCCUUGAAACGUGACCUCGGCACCUUGCUACUCAUAGUGUUUUUCAAGAAGAUUCUAUCGCUGGAGCAAAAAGUUUAUUGGCCUGACGUUUCGGAUCCUCACUCGAAGUCAUUAUCAGAGACAAUCACAGACAAGGUUGACGUCAGACCGAUAAACUUCUUGUUCCAGCGAUCUCAUCUUCUGAGGUGUCUCCCGGAACUGGCCUAUUCGUCCCUAUCAUGUUGUUUUGUCUACUACUGACCGCAGGGUCGAGCGAAAAACAUGGGCGUUUGUUGGAUUGUGAGGCUCUCGUUCUUGAGAUCCUCUGAGAGGGUUUAAAUUGUUCAUAUUAGAUGAAAUACGGGUAAUUAGACGAACAUGACUCACGGAACUCCCGUGGAAGAAUCAAAGUGGGGUCGCGGGCAGGGUAGCCGAAGAGUCACUGGAAGUCAAUGAGGUGCGUCUUUCCAUCGCCUGACGUUUCGGAUGUCGGUCUACCGUUCGUUGUCAAAGACCGUACACGGAUAGCAAAUCGACGUCAUAGGACAGCAGGGAUUGGCCAUGAUACCUGGGAUGCUAUUCCCUUUGUCACCGUCUCAACAGUGGGUUUUGUACGCCGCGUAACCACCACAGUUUCAGUAAGAGAAAGGAAGACAAGUUGGCGCAGAAUGACAUUCUGAAGCAACUAGCAUGCAAUUAUCAAGUCACCACCCCUCAGAACUUCAAAUGACAAACGUCGACGCUUUUAUCGGCCAACACAUCCGGCCCAUUAUCAUAAACAUGGUAACGGCUAUGCCGUGGGAACAGUGCUGACCACCUCGAAAAACCAUUGAGAAAACCUGUGUAACAACUAAGAUGGUCGGUCCCGAGUAUCUAGGUCUUCGUCGGCGGGCAGUAGACUCAACUAUCUGAAAUGUCAAACUGUAAAUAAGCGUAUCCCAGUGACAUCUGAGAUCUUAGCACGGAAAGGGCCUGGUUAUGGUGAUUACCGGAGUCGAGGAUCUGGGUCAUGCGGAUUACAGGCGGUCGUCAAUUACAGCUGUCCAAGGACACCAUGAUGAUACCUUAAGUGCGAAGGCCUGUGAAACGUGUACCAAAGUUUUUCAAAAUGAGCGACCACUUAGACGAUAUUACAGCUUUACCUAAUGUGUAAGUUGAUGUUAACGCAAACGGCAAUGUACCGACCGUUCAUUCCCGGCUUUUAAAGCCACCUGCUUUAAUCCUACGUUCUUUUGUGUAGGAUAAUAUCUGUAGUUCUUUAAUGCAUUUCUGUUCGUGUAACGGACGGCCACUCCGUACUAAUCUGUGAAGAAAUAUGGAAUAGUUUUCAGGGCGCUUGCGUAAAACGUGCUUUUGAGGCCCUAGGACCUGGUGGAAACGCAGAUUGUUUCCGAAUAUGCCUAUUUUACCGCCAUUCAGCAAGAAAUACUCCGUGCACGCACAUAUCGGAUUUCAAGAAGACCUACAGUAAAUGUGUUAUCUCGUGAAGUGUCAGCUGAUAUUCUGAAGUGCGGUUUCAAUUUUAAAAGGUUACCUUAGUAGAGUUGUAAUAUAAAUUAUCGCGUGGCAUAAUACCAAGAUAUUCCAGUCACGUCAGGAUGCCGAUCGAGCUCAUUAUCGACUGCCUGCGCAGACCGUGUUCCGUAAAAAAUAACUUCCUAAGUAGCAUAAAUAUUUCCCAUUGAUUUCCGAUGCCCGUGUUAAUUCAAACAUAGUUUAUAGAAGACACGUACAAAAAUAUUCUUCCUUUUGCUCAUUUGGUAGUAAGUUACGUAUUCUUUAAAUGCUAUACCCGGCUAUGAGAUUUUUCAGGACCGCAAAGUGUUCAAUCGUACGGCAUCACAUCAACACAUUUGUUAAUGCUGCUUAUACAGUUGACAACAUGGUCAACAUCCAUUACGAAAGUUUACGAGCAAUAUAUGUGCUCUUUUAGUAGCUUAUAGAAAUAUAUGGUUUUCUUUGCACGAAAAGUAUGCAGCUUGUAGUUCGGGAACCCUGAAGGCGAGUGUAACGGCAGGUUAAUUAUUCACGAACUAAGAAAGCUUUUAAGAUCGAAAUAUACUCUUUCUUCAGGCGUGGAAUUUAAAGACGUAUUUUGAUACCAAAAGAGUAAAAGAAAGAAUACUUUUGUAACCUUUUCUUUAAAAUAUAUCUGAAUAUAUAGGGGUAUUUAAAUCAAUAUUAAAAAUUCAUGCUAAUUACGUGCUCAUUUCUUACGGAGUAUAGUUUACGUAAGCGGUCGAUAAGGUCAUUCGAAAGCCGGCAUAAUAACGGGACUGAGAUAUCUUUUUAUGAUGCGAUAUGAUUAUUAAUAUUACAGCCCUACUUAGGUAAUCUUUUGAAGCUGAAUUUCAGUCAAUAUUCAAUGAGAUAUCAUAUCUGCUAUAGUUCCUUGUAGAUGGCCAUGAUGGUUCGAAAUACUAUGUAUUAUUUAUUGUCAGUACAACUCAGUUAAGAUUUUAUAUUUUUCGGCAUGUUUGAUCCCCUUUGCAUCCGAAUAGCGAAUGGUCGAAAGGCACCCUUCUCAUCGGAAUAGUCCCAUCCAAGCUGGACCGAUUGAACAGACGGCCGUAGAGGUAUAAUGAAAAGUCACAGCCAAAGUACUGUAAGACAGAACCGACCUUCAGGCUGAAGUAGACGUAGUUCUUUAAACCAUUGGCUAGAAACCGUUUAACACUAAAUUGUAAAAUGUUUCAUGGCUAUUUACGCGCGACUUUUGCAUUUUUUGAUUUUAACAGCGCAUUGAGGGGCAGCAUGAACUGUGGAGGAAUUUCGCCCCGUUCUGUUGUUUUGGUGUAAAUGGGCCCCCUACAAUUGAUAAAUCUUGUUAAUAUCCAGGUUAAAUUAGCCUUAUAAUUUAUUGUUUAGUAUCGGGAAAUUUUGUCUGUUCUCUCUUGACAGUUUUGACAUUUCUCUUUUAGGGGGAAAAAGACAUCGAAGAAGACCAAAUAA